CUCCGUUCUGCUCCUGUCUGUUCUUCCGGUAGCUAUGGCCGCGGCCGUGGUUGGGGUGCUGCGAGGGGUUCUCCUGCCCCAGGCGGGCCGGCUGCCCACCGUCCAGAGCGUGCGACAUGGCUCUAAGGCUGUGACCCGCCACUGGCGUGUCAUGCACUACCAGCGGCAGAAGCUGAUGGCUGUGACCGAGUAUAUCCCUCCCCGGCCGGCCGUGAAUCCACGCUGUCUGCCGCCUCCCUCCAAGGCCUCCAAGGAGGAGUCAGGCCUCAUCCGGCUCCUCCGGCGGGAGAUAGCAGCGGUUUUCCGAGACCACCGAAUGAUCGCCGUCUGCCAGAACGUGGCCAUCAGCGCCGAGGACAAGCUCCUCCUGCGGCACCAGCUGCGCAGACACCAGAUCCUGGUGAAGGUCUUCCCCAACCAGGUCCUGAGGCCCUUCUUAGAGGAUUCCAAAUACCAAAGCCUGCUGCCUCUGUUUGUGGGCCACAACAUGCUGCUGGUCAGCGAGGAGCCCAAGGUCAAGGAGAUGGUGCGGAUCCUAAAGACGAUGCCCUUCCUGCCGCUGCUGGGUGGCUGCAUCGACGACACCAUCCUGAGCAGGCAGGGCUUCCUGAACUACGCCAAGCUGCCGAGCCUGGCCCUGCUGCAGGGCGAGCUGAUAGGAGGACUCGGCCUCCUCCUGGGCCAGACCUGUGCCCUGCUCCAGCGCCAGCCCGUACAGCUGACUGCCCUGUUGGAGCAGCACAUCAGACAGCAGCAGGACAGGCCCUCGACCUCGACAGCUGGUGGGAAGCCAGGCCCUCCCGAGCCUGUCCUGGACUCCUAGUGCCUGGCGCCUGGCCCCCCACGACACACCCAGCGUGACUGCAGGCCUCCGUGGGCCAUGGGAGGCACUCAGCGUGGCGUGGGCGACCUGACUUCCAUCAGCAGCCCCCUCCCUGUGUCCAGGGCUGGCUACUGGGGAGACAGCUGAGGCUGUUAGUCACUGUCUCUGUCCUCAUGCCCCAGCUGGGGACCUGACAGAAGCAGCACCUUCUGUUCUCAGUUGUGCAGCUGGAAGGCUGCAGCUCCGCCCUGGCCUCUUCCCCCGGUCCACUGCUCCUUGCUGAUGUCUUCCUGCCCUCUUGGAGGGCCUGGCAGCCACACGACCUCUGCUGAGUGAUGGCGCACGGAGUGGCCUGGUUGAGCUUGCACAGUGCCUGGACCCGGGAGCAAAGGGCAGUGUGUGAAUGGCCCGUCACAGGUCUUGCAGGUAGCAACAACAGGACAGUGAUGCAGACUAGGCUGUUGCCCUGAAUCUGGGUUGCCCACAUGGUUCCUGGUGGCUUGGAGGCCAGCUCCCUGUCCUCGGGCGCCACCCCAGCCACAGAGGGUACCCUCUGAUAAAGUGAAACGUAAUUAA